GCGACGGGCGAGUUUCAGCUCAUGCGGCUCCGGGCGCUUGUUUAGUCCUUGACUAGGUCUGGGCGGGAUGGCGGCGCUCGUGAGGAGCCGAGGGUUUCUAUACAGCGUAAGCGGUUGCCCCUACCUUGUCACGAGCUGCUGCGGCUCCAGGUUUUUGUCGUCCUCCUCAGUCUCCCGAGCGUCUUCGCCCGGCGAAGACCCGGAGAGGAAGAGUUCGCCCUCGCCUCCCAAGAGAAAGGUUUCACAUUUUCAUCCGCCUUCAGAUUCUUGCUGUGAUUGGAUUGGGCCUCCUGAUCAAUAUUCAAAUCUUCGACCAGUAAUAUUUUAUGUUCCUAAACAUGAAACUCCAUUGCAGCGAAGACUGAGAGAACUUAGGCAGGAAACCCAGGCUUGGAAUCAAGAAUUCUGGACAAAUCAAAAUCAAUCAUUUAGAAAGGAAAAAGAAGAAUUUGUUUGUUCUAGACUGAAAGCCAAGGGUAUAGAGCCAAGAGAUGAAAAAGGUCAGAAAGCAUCACUGACUGCAGAAGAAAUGGCUGAAUUUUACAAAGAUUUCCUAAGUAAAAACUUGAAAAAAAAUGUAUACUAUAAUAGGGAAUGGUACAAACGGAAUUUUGCCAUCACAUUCCUCAUGGGACAAGUAGCAUUUGAAAAAGCGUGGAAGAAAUUUGGACUGAAAUGAAGUGCAAACUAACAAGUAGCAAUGUUGGUUUUUUCAACAAAGAUGAGACGAAGAAUUGAGUUUCUGUCACAAAUUAUAUCAAAGCUUUCUAGUAUAUUUGUAUACUAGAAAGGUGCUUGGUUUUAUUUAUUUAUUUAUUUAUUUUGUUCAUUUAUAUACCAGAUGCUUCCAGCUGAAUACAAUAAAAGGAAAAGGAUACCCAAUCCCACAACUUAGUUUCAUGCCCAGUGCCUUGUCAAAACAUUAAAUGGUGAGGGAAAAAUGGCAUUGAACUUAGUAAACAGAUACAUUACACUUCAGUCAUAUAGUGUAAUUUAAAUUUUCCUUUACUGAGCCUGGUUGAAUUGUUUUCCUUCCAUUGGAGUUGCUCUUAGUCUGUCUUAAUAUAAAAAUGAUUAACAAUGCAUACAAUAACACUGCAUAUGUCAGGAACUUGAUACGCAUAAAGUAAGAUAAAUUAAUACUUAGUCAUGGUGAUUCUUUUGUUAUAAAAGACUGGUGAUUUUUAAAUACUGUUUCAGCUAUAAAUAAUCCAAAUAAUUUAGUAUUUUUCUGUGGAACUCUUAUCACUCAUGAAGAUGCCAGCAUUAUACUGUUUUAAUACGUGAAGACGAUACUGUAAUUGUGUCAUUUACCUCAUGAUUAACUCUGCAAAGUUUAUAAUUUAGGAAUGAUCCAUCUAGUAAAGACUUGUGUUGCUGGGUAUGAAUUGCUUUGUCCUGCAUUGCAUUAUUUAAAAAUUAUGACCAAAUGUAUAGAACAUCUUGCUAAAUGGCUGAAAAUAGUAUGUUAACAACACAUGCUACGAUGUGGCAUGGGGAACGUCUGAGAUUGGACAGGUUCAAGGACCUGAGAAGUAGAAAUGACAAACCUGCCCCACAAGACACACCUAAUGCCACUCUGCAACCUGCUUGGGCUGGUCCUGAGACAAAAGGAAUUAUCUUGCUGCAUAUGAAAUACUUCUACUUAUAUUGGACCUACAGCAUGGAUCCCAGGAAAAUAUAAAAAGGACUGGAUUGACAGCACGAUCCAGAUGAUCUCUGCUUUAUCAACACUGUCCAAUCCUUUCAUCUUUUUUACACAUCAUCAAUUGCUAAAUGACUGAAAUAUUUUAAUAUGUUUGGAUUAGUACAUUAAUGUUUCAUUUAAUUAAAUACAAACAUGUCUCCA